AUGAUUCUCGAUCGUCAUCAAUUCAUUCAUCGUUUAUUUAAUACUAUUCUUCAUAAUGGAAAUAUUUAUGAUAUUAAAAUGCUUGUAUUAAAAUCUUAUCGUAUUAAUAUUAAUCUUAAUUGUUUGAAAUAUAAUGGUCAAUCAUUAGUUCAUUUAUGUUGUCUUUAUAAUCGUCUUGAUUUAUUAAAAUUUUUUGUUGAAUUUGGUCGUUGUGAUAUAUUAACAAUGAAUCAUGAUGGUUGGCUUCCAUUACAUAUAGCUGUUUAUCUUGGUUAUAUGGAUAUUGUAUUAUAUCUAUUAGAAUGUAUUAAAUCAAAUUAA